GGCCCAUGGUAUUUUGCUUCACAUUCUGCCAUGCAGCUGUUUCAGCAGCUAGGGGAGGCAUUGGCACGACUGACAAGCGGUCAAUGUGCCUGGAAUGACCUCACCAAAGCAGAAUUGAGGAAUCUGUCUGCCGAGUUGGAGGAGCCGAAAAGUGCCAUCGAAGGACUCGAGGGCCUCGCUUUGGAGUACUCAUGGCAGGAGCUGCAACAGGCUACAGAGAGCUUCGCGCCAACUCGCCAGCUCGGUGCUGGAGCAAGUGGUACUGUCUAUUAUGCCACCCUUUGUGAGGGCACCGAAGCUGCAAUCAAGGUGUUGGAUGCCCCGGCGCGGGGCGGGUUUGACGAAGAGGUGAGACUCUUGUCACGCUGCCGGCACCCCAAUGUGGUGAUGCUUCUAGGGUUUGCCGAAGAGACCCAAUUUCCCUUCGCGCCCAUCAACCGACGAUGUGCACUCGUUUACGAGAUGCUGCACGGCGGUGACUUGUACCGAAGGCUGCGGGAUGAAAAACCCUACCAGUGGCAGGAUCGCCUGAGAACAGCCACGGAGGUUUGCCGGGGUCUUGCUCACCUACAUAAGCACCGACCGAAGAUCUUUCACCGCGACAUCAAGAGCCAAAACAUCCUCUUCAGCAGUGAUGGCACGGCUAAAAUCGCUGAUUUUGGCUUGGCAUGCAUGGCCAACCACCAUCACGAGCACGAGGUGGCCACAGUGCAAGUCGCUGGGACGCUGGGGUACUCUGAUCCUUUGUACACCAGGACUGGUGUGAUAUCUGAAUCUAGCGAAUGCUACUCUUUUGGUCAGGUCCUCAUAGAAUUGCUGGUGGGUAGACCACCAGCUGUGUUGGCGCAGGAUGGCCAUAGCUGUGUCUUCUUGAGCGACGAGCUGCGGCCAAAGGAGGACCGGGCGAAAGGCCGAGUUCUGAGUCGUCUAGACGGACGUGCUCAGUGGCCACUGCAGACAGCUGCAAGCAUGGCCACCCUUGCUUUGCUUUGCAUCCAUGACGACGCUGAUCGUCGGCCAUCCUUUCUAGAGGCGACUGACAUGCUUCGAGACCUGGCUGUGACUCCAGCCUCCCCCAAGCAGGAGCCUGCGGAGACAGAGCAUAGCCGGCACUCGCAAGACAGCCAUUACGAGGACAAGAACUCGAACCAGAAGGCUCCAGACAUUGCGAGAGAGAGCAGAUCUGGAGCUUCCGGUGCGUGUUCCCCACCGUUGCCCAAGUGGCUGGAGCUUCGGUCAGCAGAUGUGUUACAGCGGCUGCUGAGAGAGGCACAGCACUCACAGCACAAUCAAUUUUCAAAGCAUUUGCAACUGGAGCAAGUCCAUCAAGUCCAUCAAGUCCAUCUCCAUCAAGUCCUGCCAUCACCAAGAGUGCAUCACAUCGCGCAAUCACCGCCUUGUCCACCACCACACAUCCAUAUCCAGGAGUCCAGAAACCAUGCAAUGUCUCCUCAGUGCCCGGCCGCAGCCUCGUUAGCAGCACAUUUGGCGACGCCCGGCCCACAAGCGCAGCAUCCCAAGCAACUGCAGCUGUGGCCCACGGCUCCAGAACUGCAAGGGGCACAGCCGAUGCAAACACCUGCGCUGUUCGCACAGUUGCCUCCAGCUCGAGCCAAAGUACAACCGCUUCUUGAGCCUCAGCAGCCUCAGCAGCCUCAGCUCAGACAGCAUGCAAAGUUCAUGCCAGAAGCUUCGCAGGUGCACUUUUGAUACUUUUGAGGAAAGAUGCUCCAAGGUUCAGAUUCAGAAUGAUUCAGAUUCAGAUUGUUUUUUUCCUUUGUUUUUUGAGUGGAUAUUUGGAUGUCCAGCUGACGCAGGCAGACACUGUGAAGGAUCUCAUCGAGCAAUUGCAGCAAUGGCCAGGUUCCAGCAUUGCGUCUACUCCAGGUCCUGAAAUGCAGCAAGGCAGACCCUGGGGAGGAGCUGAUGGGAAGCCUUUAGAUGAAAGGACAGUUCCUUCGCUCUGACGCGCUUUUUCUGUCGAAACGAAAGGUGGACGCAGAUUUGUUGAUGCAUAUGCCAGACCCAGACAUGGUGAGUUCAGCAAACAAAAUGGAGACACAAUGCUUCAAUUACUGAAGACUGGCCAUCUCAAAGCCAGUGCGAAUUCAAGAAAGUUUAGCUCGAGAUGCAGUGACAUUCAGAGUAAAACUGUGCGCCAUGCAGACUGGAUCGGUCUCGAUCAGUUGUGUGACCUGGAUCGGUCGAUUCUUCGACAAGACAUGUGAU